GGCAGAUUACGUAUCACUCUGUUUGCUAUGUCAACUGUUUAGGCUCUUCUGAACGACCGUUUUGUUGCGCGUUAGUCAACGGGGGUUUAACCUCUCAGAAGAAAUAAAAAUAGUUCUCCAACCCAUCUUAAAAUACGUUUUGUGAGACUAGGGAUAUAUAAAAAACUCUUUCAAAGGCGCAAUUUUUUGGUAUGACGAAGCUUCACAUUUUACCUGUCGAAAGUCUGGCUACAGGCCUACUGCUGAAGUAUACCCACGGGACUGUGACAGUUAGUUGCUGAGUGACUCUGCACCUACCUACUCACAUCUGUUGCGCUGAGAGUCCUUUGUUGCUGUGCCUUAAUACAAAAGGCAUUCGAUACCCGUUGUCCCAACUACCUAGUCGCAAUGGCGGAUUUAGCGAAGAGAUGGGCUUCGGUAGGAGCUCUCAUUCUUAUGUCAGUAUGUCUGUUGAGUCUCCAAACUGGCAGGGUACAAGGACAAGAGAAUUCAGGGAGAAACGACAGUAUCGAAUCAAUGUCGGAAAAUGAAACCGAAACUCCCCACGGGAUAACAGUAGCGAAGAUAAAUUUCGAAGAAACCAAGAUGCCGUUCCUGAUCUGCGUGGUUGUCUUACUAGCAGCUCUCAGCAAAAUAGUUUUCCAUCACGUGGCCAUUGUCUCCUCUAAAGUGCCUGAGUCCUGCCUUCUGAUCGUUGUGGGCGUAAUUACUGGAGCAAUUCUACACUUUUCUGGACUCUCAUCGCAUUUACCCCAUUUCUUUGAGCCUCAUGAAUUCUUCCUCUACCUCCUCCCUCCGAUAAUUUUAGAAGCUUCGUUCAGCCUUCACAGUAGGGUAGUCUUCAACAACCUGGGAUCCAUUUUAACAUUUGCCGUAAUGGGAACAGUUCUGGCAUGCUUCGCUGUAGGCUACACUAUGUACGGCUUGAACAGGAUCCACGCGAUGGGCACAUUUGAACUGGGGGCUGUGGAAAUAUUGAUAUUCAGUUCUCUGAUUGUGGCCGUUGACCCAGUGGCGGUCUUGGCUGUGUUUGAAGAAGUCGGAGUGAACAACGUCUUAUAUUUCAUGGUUUUUGGAGAAUCUUUAUUGAAUGAUGGCGUGACUGUCGUUCUUUAUAAUGUGAUGCACGAUAUUAACGCCAUGGAUAACAUUGGCAUCAAGGAGGUCCUGCUGGGCAUCCUGACAUUUCUGGUUGUGGCGGGAGUGGGCGCUAUGGUCGGUGUGGUUAUCGGCUUGAUAUCCGCCAUUGUCACCAAGUACACCUACUCUGUCAGAGUGGUUGAGCCCAUCGCCGUGUUUAUAUUUGCCUAUAUGUCAUAUAUUGUGGCCGACAUCUUCUCAUUGUCCGGAAUUAUCAGCAUGAUCGCCUGUGGCGUUGUACAGAUGAAGUACACAUUUCGUAAUAUAGCGCCAACAUCAGCCACUACCAUCAAGUACUUCACCAAAGUUCUCAGCACGGCCACCGAGAUUGUGAUAUUUUUGUUCCUGGGCUUGUCGUUGGUCAGUGCAGAACACAACUUCCAGGUCGGAUUUGUCCUAUGGGCCAUCCUUCUCACGCUUGUCUACAGAUUUAUUAUUACAUUUGGACUGUCAUUUCUCCUGAACAAAGAUCGAUAUCGUGUGCGAAAGAUCUCUCUACAGGAGCAGUUCAUCAUUAGUUACGGGGGUCUGAGGGGUGCUGUGGCGUUUUCGUUGGUGGGGCUGUUACAACCCGGGGAGGUGCAAAACAGGAACAUGUUUGUGACCGCUACCCUAGCCGUCAUCAUCUUCACAGUGUUUGUACAGGGCAUAACAAUUAAGCCUUUGGUUAGGUUAUUGGAAGUAAAGAUGGCGUCCACCGACAAGUCCACUUUGUUCGAGGAAAUCAUAAGACAGAUGACAGACAACAUCAUGAGUGGGGUGGAAGAUAUCAUGGGAUAUAAAGGCAACUAUCACUUCAAGGCAAGUUUUGAAUAUUUUGAAGAUAUUUACCUGAAAAAAUGGCUACUGAGAAAACCCCAGAAAUCCAAGGAGGAAAUUAUGAGAAUAUACCAGAAAGUUGUUCUGAGGGAUCACGUGGAGAACUUAUACGCUGGCGGGGCCAAGAUCCCACAGUCACCGGCCCUAGUCAGAGCACUAAAGCAAACAGUGGACACACCAGAAGAUGACCCCAUAUUAUCCAAUGGAACUACAAGAGAUUAUUGUGGUGACAAGAGCUCUGAUUUAGACGAGAUGUUUGCCAAACACAAUGGCAGCCCCUUAGACAAAUCGGCAUCAGAAGAAAUACAAAUACAAAUACAAGGCACAAGACGUCGCCAUCAGAGUGACCCUCCUCCUCAAGGGAGAAAAGCCUCAAUGACGUCACAGGACAUGAUCCGUCUUCUUCACUCGACAGGCGCAAGAAACAUCUUGCAUCUCUCGCCGGACUCUGUGGCAGAAACUGACGCCGAACCUGAUCUGUUGCAUCACCUACAAGACAGACACAAGAGGGUGAGAACAUUAAACAGACACGUGUUGUCAUGGCAACCAGACUACAUAAUGGAUAUGAACCGCCAUCCUUCUUGGCACGGUCCUCGGUAUAACCCCAUGUUUUCCCGCCUGGAGCAGAAUCCUAGACCGUUGUCAUCAAAUUUCGACUCGACAAGCAAUAGCUCAUUUGAUAUCACCUCUGGGUCGGUUUACCACAGCAUACAGGAAGAAGACCUCGACUCGUUGAACUGCGGUGACGGAAACAAGGACUCGUCAAAACUCGACACAGCAGAGGUACACGUAAACGUCGAAGCAUCAAAAAAUGCGGAGUCGACCAAACUCGGAGAGAGUAAAAUCGACAUCCCAACCACUGACGAAAAGGACAACCAUUCCACAAAGGUCACUUCUGCUUCAAAACCCACGGGCUCCAAUGUAGUGGCAUCAGACGACAUUCCCUUACCAGGCCUUAAACAAAAUGUACACAUGGCAAAUGCGGAUUCUGCCAAUGAUGAGUCAGCAAAAAUUGAAUCCACCAAUCUUUAACUCUGGAAAAUGUAAAUUAUACAUUGUAAAUGAGUGGGUGCUGUCAUCUGAGCAGCGGGUUAACGACCGACACAGAUAUCACUCGAUUUUUUAAAACUCAUUUUAGUUAUAUCAACAAAAGGUCUUAUCUAACUUUAAUUGGGUUUGAUUGAUUGUUUGAGUGCUUUACUUCAGUGGUAUUUUACGCCGUACUCAAGAAUAUUUCACUUAUACGACGGCCCAUUGGGUUUGGAAAUAUUUAUAAUUUACAAUGUGAAAUUCGUCACAAUCCCGUUUGCAUUGUUUUUACAAAAUACAGAUCCACUCAGAAUUUUUUUGACUCAGUGGAGCAAAAAGUGAAAAAGACCAUCGGUGAUACAGGAUCAUAUUUCGCAAACUGACCUCUAAUGUCUGAAUUCAUUUCCACAAACUCGAUAUUUUAUCUUCCGGCAAAUAUGUCAGCUAUACCGAUUGAAGUAGUUGAUUGCACUGACGGUGUUCCAGUCCUGUUAUUCCCAACAAUACAUCCAUUGUCUUAGCCCAGUCUUUCACAUUUUUGAUAAUCAUGUUUACGCACUUACAUGACCACAAUUGUACGUGGUACGGGCUAUGUCAAUGGGCCUCGGGUAAGCAUGAUCAAACAUGAUGGCUUGAAAUUUUCAAUCAUAUUUCUUUUUUGCCUGUUACAGAAAAUAAGUCACUCCAAAAUUUUGCUUUUGUUUUGUUUAAACCCAUGGGAUUGGUUAUAUUUAAAACCGAAUAAAAUUGCCUCUAAUUUAAUUUGCAUAUCCGAAAACGUGAUAGACCUUUAAAUAAUGUUAGUUUUACCUUUAUUUGCUUUUUUAAAAAAAUUUGUCUUGAAUGGAAUUAAAUGCAAUCUAAUGUCUGAAAUGUGACGUGGUCUUCAUGAAGGAUGUUUCACGCUAAUAGAUUGUCUAAUAGAUUGUUAUUAACAUCGCUGCGUUUUAUUUUACCGAAACCUCUAUGCUGAAGCCAGGAUGCUAGGGCGGUGUAAGUUGGAACUACAUAAGCAUUUAUAUGAACGGUUACAAUGACGCUAAACCCCAAGGACUCACUAAAUUAUUGGACAAGAAGCCAGAUCUCAGCUGUUACGUGUCAUCAGUAAUCACUCUGGCGUCGCUGCUUUGGUUUCACUCUUCAUGCUGUAGUCUUUAUAAAGAAGUCGUCACUUAGAGUCUGGCUGUGUUUUCUCAUUUCAGUGAAGGUCAUGUGUACUUUAAAACACGAAGGCGCUAUGCUUUAUUGUGCGCUUUAUUAGUGGAGUUAAUCUAGCAGUACUAAUUCCAGAAAAGGAAAAGCUUCUGACAACAUUAACGCGUUGUACGCCUUUUAUCAGUGUAAUCCAUAUUUUGUUCACAUUGUUUCUACCAGUGCUUCUAAUUUUGUUUAAAAGUAUAAACAAAGCUAUUAAAGUUGUUUAAUACAUUUAUGAAAAUUGCUUUCUCCAUGUUCUUCCAAAGAUAAAGCACAGUGUAGAAAAUUUGUAUCACUAUUCAACAUUCGCGUUGAUGGUGAUGAUGAUGAUGACUUAUUCAUCUUUUGCUACAUAUUGCUGUUGUUGUUUCCUUGCUAAUUAGUCUUGGAAAAUUGAGUUACCGAUGUAUGUUAAAUUACAGUAGUUAAGAUUCAAAUUCGGGUUAAAACCAAAACUAAGGUAUUCAGUGGUAUCAUCUUACAUGACUACUGUUCUUUUUGUGAGCCCGAUCUUACGUGAAGCUUAUUCCGCUAAUGCAUAGUUCGAUCUGUCCUGGGUCAGAGACUUGAUUCCUGCACCUGCCGGAUCGACUGCGGCUCUAAGUUAUGGGUUUUUCACGUAUAUGGUGAAGGUACCUCUUUGGAUAUCUCACAAACCUGACUAAAUACGUUAGGCCUAAGUAUAAAAUACUUAAUAAUGCUGAACGUAAAUAAAUAAACAAAUAAAUAAAUACUCCAGACAGUAACGAGUAAGAAAUAUUGUCUAUAGCCUGGACUGACAUCAUGCAUAUACUCAUUCAGCUAUUCCAGUUUUGACCUGUUUUUUUUUUUUACGUUCAUAGAAAAGCAGUAUUGUAUAGGAUACGCGUGUCUUUUGUGUUGCCGUUACCAUUUACCUACUGUAUAAAUGUUGUAUAUAUACCAAAUGUAUUUUUAUGUUUCUGUUACGUUUCCAUUUCUUAUUUAGAAUCUGAGUACAACUCGUUUUUCUGUUGUAAGGUAUGUGUGUUCCCUCGUUUUCUCCUGUAAUAU